AUGACAGAUUAUUGCGACGUAGUAGCCGAUAUUCCUCAAGACCUUUCUAUGGGAGAUGACCAACAUUCACCUGAUUCCUUUUCCCCCAUGGAAGAAACAUUGUCUCUUCCUUCUGGUCCUCAGAAAGACAAUUGGUUUGUUUCCACUGCUUCAGAUGCAGCUCAUAUGAUGAACGAUUCAGAUGCUCUUUAUGAACAAUAUCCUCAACCUUUGAUUAGCUAUGACUCCUCACCUUCUUCAUGUGAACAGUCGGUUAUUCCUGCUACUUCGGAUGGCUUUGCUUGCUCUACUCCCUCCCCUAGUCCCACUGGAGCUAAUAUUCAUUUUGCUAUGAGCAAUAUGAUGAUGCCUACUACAAUGAGAGGCUGUUCUAGUUACUAUAAUACCCAUGAAGCUCAUCCAAAUCAUGCAGACCAGUAUACCAAUAGCCACGUCUAUUCAAGAGAGGCUUGCAUGCCUUACAGAAUACAAUCUUGUUAUCCUAUUCCCCCAGUUGACAUUCAAGAAAGCACACAUAGCUCACCAUGUACAAACAAAAAUAACAAGCACAUAAUUUCUCCUUUAAAUUCUGUAACUUACAAGAACCAUUCAUUGUCUGACCAAUCAAACAGUCAAGAGACUUACCAUCCCGAGAAAAGAAACCCGGGUAACAAGAAACAUCCUUGUCGUAAGGACAAGAAGCGCUGUAGCAACUGCCAUACCAUCAAAACUCCUUCUUGGAGACGAAGCAUUGAACCAUCUACAAAAGGAAACCUUGUCUGCAAUGCUUGUGGCCUUUAUGAGAAAACAACCAAAAAGAAACGCUUACUUCUCACUCAAAGUGAUGGUAAUAUCAAAGUUGUUCGUAAACGCGACUUUCGAGCAUUCCGCUGCAGAAAUUGUGGAUCCGAAGAUGGUGCUCGCUGGAAAAAGCUCGCACAUUCUAGUUCAAAGGACGAUAUUGUUAUUUGCGAGCGAUGUUCACAUUCACAUAGUCGCAGAUAA